UAUUUUUCUUGUUGCAGUACCCGGCUCACCUGGCAGCGGCAGCGCGGCGCCAGGCGGGUCAGCAGGAUCAAGAGGAGCCCGCGAGGUCGCCCACGAUGGACGCCCUCACGCCCCCGCCCCAGCCGGGAUCUGAAGGCGCCCGCACCUACACCCUCACUGAGGCUUCGGACGACCUACACCAGUGCCACGCCCACGAUACCCCACACGCCGCCCACGACUCCCCACACCCUUCCCACGACACGCCACACCCCGCCCACAACACGCACUCUCUCCCCGCCCACGACACAUACUCACUCCCCACCUACGACACCCACUCACUCCCCACCCACAACACCCAUUCACUCCCCGCCCACGACGCCUACUCACUCCUCAGCCCAAAACUCACCGUACUGCUCAAGCCUUGCAAGGGGGACUCACAAACAGCCGAAGUCGAGGCUGAGGAGGAUCGCCUGUCUUCAGGUACUUACAGCGUCCCUCCUGCCUCCGUGCCUACCACCCCACUGCCCCGCACACCUGCUGCCCCGUCUAGCACCUGCCCCGUGCACCCCACUCAUACAGCCUCCCUGACAGGGGGCUCCAGCUCUAGGUCCCCUGCGUCAGACUCACAGCUACUGCAUUGUGGUAUUUGUACACGUCGCUACUCCAACCCCAAGGUGUUGCCGUGUCUACACACAUUCUGUGAGAAGUGUCUUAUUACGUACACACCAGCAGAGUCACUCACCCUCACCUGCCCUGUGUGUCGACAGCAGUCCAUCCUUCCUAAGGACGGGGUUCCAGGUCUCCAGAGUAACACCUGGGUACGCGGUGUGAUGGAAGCCAUGGACGGGGGUGCCACCCCGGCCCCCUGCGCAGACUGCCGUAAUAGUGACCCUGCUGCCCGAUGCCACCAGUGCCAUACCCUGCUAUGUGUCGCUUGUGCCCAGUCCCAUACCCAGGGUAUCGUGCGUAACUUAGACAAGUUUACGAUGGGUAACUAA